CACAUACUUGGGUACCUUUCCCAUCCAUGCAGGUUUCGCGUACAUCGCCUGCAUACAUCUACUUAAGCCGCGUUGUUCCUUACCUCCUCUGCUAGGUAGGGUCUGAACCCUACGCGCAUCAACGUCACAACUACACAAUGUUUGGUGGAUCACGGAGGCGCCGGCCUCCCGUUGCUCCUCUGAACUCAUCUACCGCGGAUCCAAAUGCGACAACGGCGGCAACAUCCGCCUUCAUGUCUGCUGUCAACCAAAACCCGAACAAGACACUGUCCUCUGCCGCCGCCGCCGCCGCCCUCCGCGCCCGACCCCAUACUCCUACAAAUGUUGCCCAAGUACAGACGAAACGUACCGCUCGCCGGAGCGCCUCAGUGUCUUCCUCGGGAAGCGCCAGGUUAGCUAAUGGACAUGGUCAGCUCGAAAGACGAGGUAGCACAUCAAGCAUGACGGAACGCACAUUUCGAUCCCCUUCUCCCCAUCGAGCGUUGUCAACAUCCACCCAUGAGCAACAGCCGCCUGUUCCUCGCAUUCCAGACACUCAUAGAACCUCUGCACCGAACGUGAAAAACAUGGGCGUCGCCAUGCAAAACUUCCGCACGGCUUCCCAGAAGAUGGCAGAUGAGCCACCUUCCUGGUAUCUUCGACCAACAGGCGAUAUCAGCAACGUGCGAACCUCGGAUUCUGCGAUGGCAAUUGCUAAUUCUACGCCGCCUCGUAACUCAAGUACAGCCAAUUCUCAACCUAUCAGGUCGGAUAGUAGAAGCUCAGUCAAUUUCUCCUACCCUACAACUUUCCGUCCGCAAUCACCCCCGGCCUCUCCCACUCAACCCUCUGUGCCAGACCUCAAGCUGGUACCACUUCAUCCAUCGGGCUCAGCCUCAAACCCGAGUAAAGGACCAUUACCAAAAACCCGCCCGGAAACUGGCCAGCAGCUGGUGUAUGAUCCGAAUUCGAGGAGAAUGGUUCCACAGGCCCCGGCCGGAGACGGUAGUGCGUAUCAAGUGAAGCAGAUUGCAGAGAAGCCUCAGAAAAGGAGGCGAGACGGUCCUUUGCGAAGAGAAGGAAGCCAGCUGGCUAAAGGGACCGUUACACGAGCUAGGGGGAGUAUGGUGGACGAAAACAAGAGCUUGCGCGAAAUGUCGAAGCAAGAAGAAAAGCAAGAGGAACUAACGGCCAGAGCAUUACCGACUACAGAGAAGCACUUUGAAGCGCAGCAUUCUGAUAUUAAAUCGACGGGAGUGGAAAGCACCGAUCACAAGGGUUCAAGCCCACCACCAGAGUCAAGCGGCUCAACCCCUCAACACUUGUCUCUAUCAACGCAAAAGGCUGACCAGCAGCUGCAAGAUGUUUCUCUCACUGGUCAUUCAAAGCAGAUUCCUAUAUCGACCGCACAAGAUAAAUCUCCAAUAAGUGAUAAAAGGCCUGCAGUGGAGGAACACCAAGUACAGCCGUCGCAAACUGUACGUGAUGCAUUGGACUCUAUGCCGACACAACAGUUAUCAUUGGAGGCACUUUCACCCUUGCAAUCUAGUGAGAAGGUAGACCGCCAGGAAUCAAUUCCAGAACCUCGUCCUUUAACGACGAUCGUGGAGCCCAAACUGCCAGAAGUCAACAGCGAGCAGAAGAUGAUAGUUGCGGAGAAUAGGCCUGUUGUCGAACUUUCCAUAGAAACGAGUCACUUGACACGUUCGAGCUCUAAUAGUCCUGCACGACAAGCUCGAUUUGCCCCCAGGCCUUCUGAACAGCUUGCAGUUAGACACGCUCCUCUGCCUCGCUCGGCGUCUCCAAUAAAAUCUGCCAUGAAGCAAACCAGUCCAGUACUGCGAGGGGUUUCGCCAUCGGAUAACACGUCCGAUCCCUCGCGGGCCGGAACUGUUUCACUAGAUAGGAAUGAGGAGCCCGUCGUAUCGAGGAAGAAAUCAGUGCGUGUGAGUUUUGAUGAUCAGGGACCCGUUGUUGUCGGAGAUUCGGCCGCGGCGGCGGAAGAAGAUACUCUGAUUACCCAGAGCCCGUCAGGAAGCAAGAGAGCUUGGUUCAGUAAUAUAGGGCGCAGUAAGAAGAAGGAUAUCGCUUUAGAUGACGAUGAAAUUAUGAAACCACGACCGGCCCUACCAAGCUUUGGCAGUAUUCGAGAGAAGAAGAACCGAGAGCUUGGAGAACGGCCCCUUGUCCGGCCGCUUGAACCUGCUCAUUCACCCGCUAGAUCGCCCUCACCUGAGCUUCGACCUCAGAGUUCUAGCACACUGAACGAUUCGGAAUUUACGGAAGAUUCUGUUUUGGGCCAGUCCAGUGAUAAUGCUCUUGGUUCCCUGUUGGCUCAUGAUCAGACUUCGCGUAACGCAGCAAAUAUCUCACGAUUUAGGGAACCGUUGCCUCCAGUGGUUACCUCUAUAGAGGGGUCUGGAUACAGUUCAGAUAGCAUGCAGGGCUCGGAUAACGAAGAUCAUCCCGACAGCACAACUGGACAUGGCAUCUCAAGCAUAAACUCAACCUCGUCAGAUCCACCCCUAAAACAGUCAGACAAAGACAACAGUAAUCGACACACACAAACCACUAGCAAUAUUCAUACUAAAGAUGAGCAACCCCCUGAGACGCCGACUACACAACAAAAGGAUAUUCCGGAGAUUUCAGUCAUUCAACCAAGCCCUAUGUCCGUUGACCAUGGUUCUCUUGCAAACGACUCAUCAACUCCGUUUUUUGAUGUUCCCGGUGGCUUUCCUGAUUAUGGGUCUGAUGCGAGUGCGGGCAGUCAGAUCGAAGCCUCCAGGGAAACGGCCCGUGUGGCUAUAAUGGAGCCUACGGCUACAACUGUACCGUCCGACCGGGCUAGGCAUUUACCUCAGACUGCACUCGAGACGGCUAGACCUGUGGCAACUUUUGACAAUGAAGAUGAGUCGGACGAGAGCGUCUAUAGUGACGCUUAUGAAGACAUUCCAGAUCUUGAUUCCGGCGGAUUCAUGUCCUUGGAUGCAAUUGUUGAAAGUCAUCAUACUGCUGAGUCGAAGAAUAGCAGCUCACCAAUUUCACGGAGUUCUCUAGUGCCCGUCGCUGUGGGCAAACCUGAGCGCGAUGCUGUCACAGAAGCCAGUUUGGCUAGCCAAACUGAGCCAACACCACCCGGAGGUGCAGAUGACUGGGAGCAAGCAAAAGCGUUUUGGCGUAGCUUAACCGCUGAGAAAAGGCGUCAGCUUGAACUCGAGGCAGCGGAAGAAGCAGGCGUAGAUGGUGACCGAGAAGAAGCCUCCCAACCCAUUCGGAGAAAUAGUAGCAGAAGGAAGUCUUCAGAGGUCACACAAUCGCCAAUUAAAACUUUCCCGGCCCAAGUGAACCCCAUACAGCCAGAGUCUCGCAUGCGAAUGUCCCUUAGGAAAGGCCAAGCCACCAAGACCGCGAGCACAGAGCCUCGACCAAGUAUGCGUAAAUCGUUACGGUCCAAUGGAGGAACUCAAACUAUUGCAAAACCAUCGCCUCGGGAAGCAGGUCCAAAUAUACUACCCAAGUCAUCAACUUCGAGUCGACAUGAAGCUACAAAAGCUCGAGCGCGCUCGUCAACCCAGCCAACCUCGAACAGUGGAAUUAGUACACAAAUCAAGCCCACCCUACAGCGACGAGGAUCUGAUGCUAGCGAUAGCAGUUUCAAACGUAACCGUCCUUCGCCUGGUGGUGGUUUCGCGUUUCGCAAGACGAUGCGCCAAUCCUCACCUGCUCAGCCGCGCCACGAGCCCACCGGGGGAUCAGGACGUUUCAGUUUGCGGUCUCUAUCCCCAACCGGGUCGGCCACUCGGCCUGGAUCAAACGCCAGCUUUACUACUUCUUCUCCGGGUGUCCUGAAGCGCACAUUACGGUCCAAUAGUGAAUCCAGCCAUGAAAGCAAAAGGUCGUCUGUGCAUUUUCCUUUAUUCACGCGAUCCGGAAAGUCAGCUUCCAAGAGCUCAAAAUACACAAGCCGCUUUGAAGACUCUAGCGAUGAAGACGAGGGAACAUUUACCGGCUUUCGAAGCCGCAUAGAUGAUUCGAGCGACGACGAGAAAGAUCAUCCUCCAUCCACAAAAGAGUCCAAGGCUCUGGGGAAAGGUACACUACGCAGUUCUGCUACGGCACCUAGUUUCUCGAGGCCAGCUCCUGUACCAGAACUAGAGGAAGACUCGCCCGAGUUGCCCGAUAGUGAUGAUGACAUGCCGAGUCCACUACGCAGCCCGCAGAGUAGAGUAGCAGCCAGUCAUGUUGCUAACCACAUGGGAGAACGACGAGACUCAGGAGCUAUAGGCACUUCGACUCUGAGCCGGUCUAGAUCUGGUCGAGGCGGAUUUACCCCUUCGUUGACAUCCCCUGCACCCCCAGCCAAACGCGGAUCACUACUAGGGAGACUGAGGCUCAACAAAAGAGCGGAUCAGGGUGGCAAAAUCCAGCGGGCGGAACUCGUGGAUAGCGCGGCACGUCGUGACACAAGACUCGAACGAGACCAAGGACAACUGAAGGGCUUGCGUAGUGACCAGCCGUCGAGCCCAAAACUGCACAAAAGGACGUUCAUAAGCCGUCACGAGGGUAAGACUUUGCAGCGGCCGACAUCUGCCGGGGAUCUACUUGGUCGAGCUACAACCAGCACCGUCGAGCGCCCAAAUCUGGAUGGCAAACGAAGCCUCAGCCUCAAUCUUGGGACCACUCCCAACCCCAACCUCAACCAGGAGAGCCACGAAUUCGAGAGUGCUAGUGUCGAUAGCUCUGGCGUGCAGGUCAAGAAGAAGAAGUUCGGGGCGCUGCGUCGCAUGUUCAAGCUAGACGAGUAGGGCACGUCAGCAGCGAGCAAGAAGAAGAAGCGCAGGGUUUUAGUCAAAAGGAGGAGGGCGUUUGGAUAUUCGUUGACCUC